AUUUAAUACAUUUAGUUGUAUUUGUUGCAUUUGCCAUCGUUCGUUUGAAAACACGCUUUUCUUAAAUAAACUGAAUUGAGCACGCUCCUGCAAAAAAAAACACUAUUUGAGUGGCCAAUUGCUGCUCCAACCACUAGGAGUCCAGUCACCAGAAACAACCUACCUCUGGGAAAAUCCCAACUUUGAAGUCGAAUCAAGUGCCGCAUAGGAAAACGCACGUGGGCCAGGAGAUGGAUGUGGAAAACGGAGAGGGGCAGGUGCAGGUACACUUGAAAACCAAGCAGGAGCACUAUGCCGUGCCGGAUGUGCCGUAUGCCAUCGAUGGAACCGUCACCACCGCGGAGCUGAACACAUUCGUGAACGCCCUACUCCGACAGAAGGAUGACUCCUCAUCUGACACCGAUUUCGAUUUCCUGGUGUUCGACGAAUACCUGCGCGGCCGGCUGUGCGAUCACUUGCGCGAGAAGGCCAUCAGCUUCGAGGACGCCAUCGAGAUCGAGUAUGUGGAGCGGUUUCCGGCGCCGGAGCCCCAGGAUUGCCUGCUCCACGACGACUGGGUGUCGGCGGUGAAGGCUAGCGGAAAGUGGGUCUUGAGCGGAUGCUAUGACAACACACUGAAUCUGUGGACCAACAAGGGCAAGCACAUCCUCACCAUUCCCGGCCACACGGCGCCCAUCAAGGCGGUGGACUGGAUUUCACUGGACGAGGAGACGGGUCGCUUUGUGUCCACCUCGCAGGAUCAGACGGCCAUGCUGUGGCAGUGGAGCGUGGCCUCCAACUCUGUGGAGUGCGUCUCCGUUUGCAAGGGCCAUGAGCGAGGCGUCGAUAGCGUCAGCGUGAGUCCUGAUGGUCAGCGAUUCGCCACGGGCUCCUGGGACACCAUGCUGAAGGUGUGGUCAGCGGAGGUGGACGACGCGGCAGAGGGCACCUCUAAGCGGAUGAAGGAGAGCGGCGUCAGGACCCCCAAAUUGACGCUGCAAGGACAUCGCGAGAGCAUCUCCGCUGUGCAAUGGAUGGAUGCCACCACUCUGCUCACUGGCAGCUGGGAUCACACGCUAAAGGUGUGGGAUCUGAGUCUCGAGGGCAUCAAAACCGAAAUAUCCACCAACAAGUCCAUCUUUGAUGCCAGCUACUCGAGGUUGAACCGCCUGAUACUGACGGCCUCAGCGGAUAAAAAUCUGAGGCUAUACGAUGCCAGGACAAACCAGGGAUCAGUGGUGCGGAAUACCUACCUGGGACACAAUGCCUGGGUGCAAAGCGUCAUGUGGUCCACAACGGAGGAGUUCCUCUUCGUCUCCGGCGCUUAUGACAACCAGAACAAGUUGUGGGACUGCAGGAGUCCUAAGGCGCCACUAUACGACCUUCUGGGUCACGGCGAUAAGGUUCUGGACAUCGAUUGGUCGAAUCCCAAGUACAUCGUCUCCGGUGGCGCUGACAAUACGGUGCGCGUAUUCAAAUCCCGCAAGGCGUUAACAGACGAUAUGGAAACGAAGUAACCCUAUAUUUUGUAAACCUUUAUACAUACAAGAUAAGCUUUAAGUAAAUAUUGAAUGAUACUUUUGUUUGUGUUCUGAUCUAAAAACGAGAUGGAAAGUAAACUUCUGCAAGCCAA